CCAGCGUAUGCAACGAUGUUUAAUGGUUGUCAAGGAUCAAUGCCAGCACGAAGUGUGCUCGAUCUUCGAAUGGAUCCAUUUGUUCACGAUCAAUUGUAUACGGCGUUGUCCAGGGUGAGAACGCGAAGAGACAUCAUGUAUCUAUUUGCAGAGGCGGACAAGGGACAAGGCUGUGCUAAUAUUGUAUUUCCUGAUUUGCUACUGUAAAUGCAGUAUAUCAUCGAAAGAGCCGACUGCGCGAAGGGGUGAGCUCGAGAUGCCUUGCUAGGAGUGGAGUCUACUGGGUGUUACUUGAUUCAACUGAGAAUAUUCUCGCAGUCUAACGAACACUGAAUUUCAACUCAUCCUUCAUCUCCAGAACCCAGAUUGAUACAUCAUGCCAGGCAUCUCGGGCUUACUGUUGGACGAUCCCGUUGACCCGCGGCAUAUCCUCUUCUCCACAGUCCAUAACUUCGUGUUUAUUUCUUGGCGCCACUAACACGUCUCCAGUGACAUCGUCUGCGUUCGGCGCGAUCCCUGCAAUCUUACGAACCAAAGCAUUUGGUGGUGCGUGUACCAAUGGAUGUUCCCGAAAGAACGUGUACAACAAAUGUUGGAGCAUCCGCAGUAUGUCCGUAAUGGGAUUGUAUGUUUUAU